AUGGAGCCCCAGCGCCGGGAGCUGCUCGCCCAGUGUCAGCAGAGCCUGGCCCAGGCCAUGACGGAGGUGGAGGCCGUGCUUGGGCUGCUCGAGGCCGCGGGAGCGCUGAGCCCCGGCGAGCGGCGGCAGCUGGACGAGGAGGCGGGAGGCGCCAAGGCGGAGCUGCUGCUCAAGCUGCUGCUGGCCAAGGAGCGGGACCACUUCCACGACCUGCGGGCGGCGCUGGAGAAGACGCAGCCUCACCUGCUGCCCAUCCUUUACCUGAACGGCGUCGUCGGGCCGCCGCAGCCCGCCGAGGGCGCCGGCUCCACCUACAGCGUCUUGUCCAUCAUGCCCUCAGACUCGGAGAGCAGCAGCUCACUCAGCAGCGUGGGCACCACCGGGAAGGCGCCGUCCCCACCGCCUGUGCUCAGCGAGCGGCAGUUGAACGAGAAGCUGGAGAGCCUGUCCAUGCAGCUGCGGAUGAUGACCCGGGAGAGGAACGAGCUGCGGAAGCGCCUGGCCUUUGCCACCCACGGGAUCACCUUCGACAAGAGGCCCUACCACAGGCUGAAUCCGGACUACGAGAGGCUGAAGAUCCAGUGCGUGCGGGCCAUGUCAGACCUGCAGAGCCUGCAGAGCCAGCACACCAACGCCCUGAAGAGGUGUGAGGAGGUGGCCAAGGAGACCGACUUCUACCACACACUCCACAGCCGGCUCCUGAGCGACCAGACCCAGCUGAAGGAUGACGUGGACAUGCUGAGGCGGGAGAAUGGACAGCUGCUACGGGAACGUAACCUGCUCCAGCAGUCGUGGGAGGACAUGAAGCGGCUCCACGAGGAGGACCAGAAGGAAAUCGGCGACCUCCGGGCCCAGCAGCAGCAGGUGUUGAAGCACAACGGGUCAUCAGAAAUUCUCAACAAGCUGUACGACACGGCCAUGGACAAGCUGGAGGUGGUGAAGAAGGACUAUGAUGCCCUGCGGAAGCGGUACAGUGAGAAAGUCGCCAUCCACAACUCGGACCUGAGCCGCCUGGAGCAGCUGGAGGAGGAGAACCAGCGCCUGCUGAAGCAGACGGAGAUGCUGACCCAGCAGAGGGACACGGCCAUCCAGCUGCAGCACCAGUGUGCCCUUUCCUUGAGGAGGUUCGAGACCAUUCACCACGAGCUGAACAAGGCCACGGCCCAGAACAAGGACCUGCAGUGGGAGAUGGAGCUGCUGCAGUCAGAGCUGACGGAGCUGAGGACCACACAGGCGAAAACGGCCAAGGAGUCAGAGAAGUACAAGGAGGAGCGGGACGCGGUGUACAGCGAGUACAAGCUCAUCAUGAGCGAGCGUGACCAGGUCAUCUCCGAGCUGGACAAGCUGCAGACCGAGGUAGAGCUGGCCGAGUCCAAGCUCAAGAGCAGCACGUCUGAGAAGAAGGCGGCCAGCGAGGAGAUGGAGGCGCUGCGACAGAUCAAAGACACAGUGACACUGGACGCCGGGAGGGCCAACAAAGAGGCCGAAAUCCUUCGAAAGCAGUGCAAGGCUCUGUGCCAGGAGCUGAAGGAAGCCCUCCAAGAGGCAGACGUGGCCAAGUGCCGGCGGGACUGGGCAUUCCAGGAGCGGGACAAGAUCGUGGCUGAGCGGGACAGCAUCCGGACACUCUGUGACAACCUAAGACGGGAGCGGGACCGGGCAGUGAGUGAGCUGGCUGAGGCCCUGCGCAGCCUGGACGACACUCGCAAACAGAAGAAUGAUGUCAGCCGGGAGCUGAAGGAGCUCAAGGAGCAGAUGGAAUCCCAGUUGGAAAAGGAGGCCCGGUUCCGGCAGCUGAUGGCCCACAGCUCCCACGACUCAGCCAUCGACACAGACUCCAUGGAGUGGGAGACAGAAGUUGUGGAGUUUGAAAGGGAGACGGAGGAUAUUGACUUGAAAGCACUUGGGUUCGAUAUGGCAGAAGGUGUGAAUGAGCCUUGUUUGCCGGGGGACUGUGGCAUAUUUGUCACUAAAGUGGACAAAGGGAGCAUCGCUGAUGGACGCUUACGGGUCAAUGACUGGCUGCUGAGAAUCAACGACGUGGACCUCAUCAACAAGGACAAGAAGCAGGCCAUCAAGGCACUUCUCAAUGGGGAGGGGGCCAUCAACAUGGUCGUGCGUCGGAGGAAGUCCCUGGGUGGGAAGGUGGUCACACCACUGCACAUCAACCUGAGCGGGCAUAAAGACAGUGGCAUCAGCCUCGAGAACGGAGUGUAUGCUGCUGCCGUGGUGCCCGGAAGCCCAGCUGCCAAGGAGGGGUCCCUUGCCGUGGGAGACAGGAUUGUGGCCAUCAACGGCAUUGCGCUGGACAACAAGUCUCUGAAUGAGUGUGAGUCUCUGCUGCGGAGCUGCCAGGACUCGCUGACCCUCUCCCUCCUCAAGGUGUUCCCUCAGAGCGCCUCGUGGAGUGGCCAGAAUAUCUUUGAAAACAUCAAGGACUCUGAUAAGAUGCUGAGCUUCCGAGCCCAUGGCCCAGAGGUCCAGGCUCAGAAUAAACGGAAUUUGAUGCAGCACAACAACUCCACGCAGACGGACAUCUUCUACGCGGACAGGCUGGAAGACAGGAAGGAGUCAGGCCACCCCGGAGGCAGCAGCUCCUUCUUGCACAAGCCGUUCCCCGGGGGACCCUUCUCCGUCUCCCCCCAGGCUUGUCCGAGUGCCUCUGAGCGCAGCCUGAGCUCCUUCCGCUCGGAUGCCUCGGGGGAGCGUGGCUAUGGGCCGGCAGACGUGCGCAGCCGGCGGCCACUGCUGCCCUUCGAGACUGAGGUGGGCCCCUGUGGGGUGGCAGAGGCCCCCCUGGACAAGGCAGAGCCUGACAGCGCCCACAGUGGCGGGACCUGGCCCAAGGCUGUGCUCAGCUCCACGGCGGGGCCCGAGAAGCUCUCUGUUUACAGGAAGCCAAAGCAAAGAAAGUCUAUCUUUGACCCAAACACUUUCAAACGCCCCCAGACACCCCCCAAAAUAGACUACUUGCUCCCAGGUUCUGGACCUGCCCAUUCCCCCCUGCCCUCCAAGAGGGUGGGACCUCUGACGCCCCCAAAACCUCCCAGGAGGGGUGACUCCAUUAAGUUCCAGCACAAGCUGGAAACCAGUUCUGAGUCAGAGGCCACUCUGGUGGGCAGCUCCCCAUCCACCAGCCCCCCGAGCGCCCUGCCCCCUGACAUGGACCCUGGGGAUCCCAUGCACGCCUCGCCCCCUCGCAAGGCCAGGGUCCGCAUCGCUUCAAGUUACUGCCCCGAAGGGGACAGGGACUCCUCCUACCUGCCAGCCAAGAAGUCUUGUGACGAGGACCUCACCUCCCAGAAGGUAGAUGAGCUGGGGCAGAAGCGCCGCCGGCCCAAGUCCGCACCCAGCUUUCGGCCUAAGCUCGCUCCCGUCGUGAUCCCUGCUCAAUUCCUGGAGGAGCAGAAGUGCGCCCCGGCCAGUGGAGAGCUCUCCCCAGAUCUCCAGGAGUGGUCCCCUUACUCUCCUGGACAUUCCAGCCGGCACAGCAACCCCCCGUUCUACCCCAGCAGGGCAUCUGUGGGCACGGUUCCCCGGAGUAUGGCCCCGAGCACUGUGAGCUCCGUCCUGAGGAACCCCAUCUACACCGUGCGCAGCCACAGGGUCGGCCCUUGCAGCUCUCCACCCAUCCCCAGAGAGGCUGGCCCCCACGGUUUGCAUCCCAGUGUCCAGCACCAGGGCCGCCUCAGCCUGGACCUGAGCCCCAGGGCCUGCAGCGACUGCUCUGACGUGAGAGCCUCCCAUGGGUCCAACUCCCUGCCCUCCAGCGCCCGCCUCGGGUCUUCGAGCAAUUUGCAGUUCAAGGCAGAACGCAUUAAAAUCCCAUCGACGCCGAGAUACCCGCGGUCUGUCGUGGGCUCUGACAGAGGCUCCCUGUCGCACUCGGAGUGCAGCACGCCCCCGCAGUCUCCCCUCAGCGUCGAAGGCCUGUCCUCCUGUAGCCAGUCGCAGACCUCAGCCGCCACGUUGCCCAGGAUUGCUGUCAACCCUGCGGCCCUCGGGGAGCGCAGGAAGGACAGGCCCUACGUGGAGGAGCCACGCCAUGUGAAGUUGCAGAAAGGCUCGGAGCCGCUGGGCAUCUCCAUCGUGAGUGGGGAGAAGGGCGGCGUCUACGUCUCCAAGGUGACCGGGGGGAGCAUCGCUCACCAGGCUGGCCUUGAGUAUGGGGACCAGUUACUUGAGUUCAAUGGCAUCAACCUGCGGAGCGCCACAGAGCAGCAGGCCCGGCUCAUCAUCGGGCAGCAAUGUGACACCAUCACGAUCCUGGCCCAGUACAACCCGCACAUGCAGCAGCUCAGCAGCCACUCCCGGUCCAGCUCCCACCUGGACCCCGUCGGUAUUCACUCCACUCUCCAGGGCAGUGGUGCUGCCACCCCGGAGCACCCCUCUGUCAUUGACCCGCUGAUGGAGCAGGACGAGGGCCCUGGCACACCCCCAGCCAAGCAGAGCACCCCCAGCUCCAGGAUGGUGGCAGAUGCCGCCAAGAAGACCCCAGAGCCACGAGUCGUCUUCAUCAAGAAGUCCCAGUUGGAGCUUGGCGUGCACUUAUGUGGAGGGAACCUGCACGGGGUGUUUGUGGCCGAGGUGGAGGAUGACAGUCCCGCCAAGGGCCCCGACGGCCUUGUGCCCGGGGACCUCAUCCUUGAGUACGGCGGUCUGGAUGUUCGCAGCAAAACGGUGGAGGAGGUCUACGUGGAGAUGCUGAAGCCCAAGGACAGCGUCCGCCUGAAGGUGCAGUACCGCCCCGAGGAGUUCUCCAAGGUCAAGGGCCUGCCUGGCGACAGUUUCUACAUCAGGGCCCUGUAUGAGCGACUGGCAGAGGUGGAGCACGAGCUGAGCUUUAAGAAAGAUGACAUCCUGUACGUGGACGACACCUUGCCCCAGGGUUCAUUUGGGUCCUGGAUGGCCUGGCAGCUGGAUGAGAAUGCCCAGAAGAUCCAGCGCGGGCAGAUCCCCAGCAAAUAUGUAAUGGACCAAGAAUUCUCCCGGAGGCUCAGCAUGUCUGAAGUCAAAGAUGACAACAGCGCCGCAAAGACGCUCUCGGCGGCUGCACGCAGAUCCUUCUUUCGAAGGAAACAUAAGCACAAACGCAGCGGGUCCAAAGAUGGGAAAGACCUCCUUGCCUUGGACACCUUUUCCAAUGACUCCAUUCCACUCUUUGAAGAUUCAGUGAGCCUGGCCUAUCAACGGGUCCAGAAGGUGGACUGCACCUCCCUGAGGCCCGUCCUGAUCCUGGGGCCUUUCCUGGAUGUGGUGAAGGAGAUGCUGGUCAACGAGGCACCCGGCAAGUUCUGCAGAUGCCCCCUUGAGGUGAUGAAGGCCUCCCAGCAGGCCAUCGAGCGGGGCGUCAAAGACUGCCUGUUUGUCGAUUACAAGCGGAGGAGUGGCCACUUUGACGUGACCACUGUGGCUUCCAUAAAGGAGAUCACAGAAAAGAACCGGCAUUGUCUCCUGGACGUCGCCCCCCACGCCAUCGAGCGACUACACCACAUGCACAUCUAUCCCAUCGUCAUCUUCAUCCACUACAAGAGCGCCAAGCACAUCAAGGAGCAGAGAGACCCCACCUACCUGAAGGACAAGGUGACUCAGAGGCAUUCCAAAGAGCAGUUUGAGACGGCUCAGAAGAUUGAACAGGAGUACAGCCGGUACUUCACAGGGGUCGUCCAGGGAGGAGCCCUGUCGAGCAUUUGCACUCAGAUCUUGGCCGUGGUCAAUCAAGAGCAAAAUAAAGUCCUGUGGAUCCCAGCCUGCCCUCUCUAG